UUUUGUUGCUUCUUCGUCUCUCACUCUUCUCCUUCCUUGGCGCAAGGAGUCGCCAUUGAAGUGGAACUCGGAGCCCAAAUCGCUAUCACAAACAAACGUCUCAGUUGUGUUGAUUCUAUUGAUGGGAAAAUAGAUGUGAUCAACUUGAAUGAUGAGAACAUUUUGAGUGAUAUUGAAAUGGAUCAUGCCAAUGAUUUGAUGGAUGAAGAUUUGGAUCAUCAUGAAGCCAAUCCUGUAGAGAGCUUAAAGCUAAAGAAAGAUGAGCAAGAAGAGGAGAAAGACGAAGAGAAAGACAAAGAGAUAGAAGAAGAGAAAGAAGAGGAGAAAGAAGAAUCUUAAGGAUUGAAUUGGAGUUUGUGGAGGAUAAAACAAAACAUAAAGAAUGGUUAUGAACAUUGUUUUGUUUGAAUGGUUAUGAAAAUUGUUUUAUUUGCAUGAAUUUGAUAAUUUCUACCUUUGUAAAAUAAGUGUUUUAAUUGAAUUUAACUUGUUUUAUUUAAAUUUGAUAAUUUCUGGCUUUGUGAAACAAAUGUUUUAUUUAAAUAAAAUUGUGUUUAAUUUAUACAGCAAAAUAAAGUGUAAAUGUGAGAAAGAGAGAGCUUGAGCUGACUAUGGGCAAGCCCACUUGAACGCGGUCACAAUUGGGCGCACACAAUUUUGGAUAUGGUUAAUAUUGAGCUUGAUCAUAUUUGUCCAUCAGAAAGGAAUGUCCAUUUGGACAUGGUCAUGCCCAUUUGACAGGUCUAGUUCUCACGAUCAGUGUCUGAUUUGAUAGUGAUUAUUUAUUAGCAUUAUUGAAAAACGAUUAUAUGUUAUUUUUUUAUUUAUAGAAAACUAUUUAGAUAAUCAACUUAUACGAUAAACUAUUAU